AUGGCGUCGUCAACAGCGCUGCACCUCUCGUUCGGUGACGGAGGCUUCCACGCUUUAGACAACAUUUCUCUAUUGGGUGCUGGCUUACCUCAUGUUAUAAUAGAGAAGAUCCUUGCCAGCGCCGACACGGCUAGACUAGCGACACUGGAUAUACGGGGAAACGAGAUAGACUAUCAACUCGCCAACGAAUUGGCGAGGAAGUUCGGGCUGCCGUCACAGAGUAUGAUCGAGUGCAACGGCCUCCCGAUACGUGCAUUGGUCACGAAUGAGAUAAGAAAGCUACACCUCAAUGGCUUCCGUGGUCGUCAUCCCCUGUUUGGGAUUGAGGCAUUCGGAGGUCAUAUUUUGGCGAGUCUAUUGCCUGGUAACACAUCGUUGAUCGAGAUAGACUUCCGGCAGAACGAGAUCGGUCUCAUAGCAGCCGCUGAGCUUGGAGAGGCAUGUGCAAAGAGCCAAGUUCGUUUCGUCAACCGCAUCGGGUGUCGUAAGCGACCCGGAUAUGGCACGCCUCUAGACCUGAGAAAACUCCGCAUGUCCGCAAGACCUAAGCUGAGCUUGCCGAAUGAUCUGGUUACCGAUGAGGAGUUUGCCUUCCUCCUCGCGUAUCUUCGUGACACCCUAUUGGUAGAGAUCGAUGUGUCUCAUAAUGCGGCUAUCACGCCAGCCGUAUGCCAAUGCUUUCUGGAGUAUCUGGGUCGUGGCAAAACGAGGACCUUGCGGAGACUUGCGUUCGCUGGCCUCUCCUGGGAUGACGCCUCGGUGGUCUCAUUAGUGGACGCGAUCGGACAUGCUUCUCUGCUCGAGCUAGAGGAACUGUCUCUCCCAUUGCACUGUGGCCUCAAAGG